AUCAGAAGGCGAUGGCAUUGGCAAAUAGUGAAUAACCGUGGCCACCAGGCCAGCUUCUACGUCUGGCUUUCACAUUGACGCCCCGAACGAUGGCUUAAUCCCUCGUGAGCCUCUCAAAUGAGGCCUGUAAGCUGGCGCCCCGGAGUGGUCAUUGCUUUUUAAUGCGGGGUGCAGAGGGUUAAAGUGCUUAAAAGGGACACACACCGGCUAAACUUAGAGAAAAAUCACAUUGUUGUGCUCCAAAUAUAGCAGGGGAAGGCUGACAAAAGAGGUGAGGAUCCCGUAUAAAAGCGGCCCCGCAUGUAAUUCACCGGCGACUGUCGGCAGCGCGUGGUUAUCACCUUCACGACUUCUUAAAGACUUCGGCUGACAUCAGUCGUCAAGCAACCCGAGAGAGAAGAUGAGUGACGCCGAGAUGCAAGUAUUUGGGGUGGCGGCCCCCUACUUGCGCAAAACUGAGCGGGAACGAAUCGCGGCCCAGAACGCGCCGUUUGAUGCCAAGGCGGCCGUCUUCGUGCCUGACCCCAAGCACGAGUACGCCAAGGGCAAGAUCAAGAGCCAGAACGGCAGCAGCGUCACCGUGGAGAUUGACGGCGGCAGGGUGGUGACAGUACACCCGGACGAUCUUUGGCCCAUGAACCCACCAAAGUUCGACAAGAUCGAAGACAUGGCUCGUUUGACACACCUCCACGAGCCGGCGGUGCUCUUCAAUCUCAAGGAGCGAUACGCCGCCUGGAUGAUUUAUACGUAUUCUGGUCUUUUCUGCGUGACGGUCAAUCCCUACAAGUGGUUGCCCGUCUACAACCCCGAAGUGGUAGCAGCGUAUCACGGCAGGAAGCGUCAGGAGGCCCCCCCACACAUCUUCUCCAUUUCGGACAAUGCUUACCAAUAUAUGUUGACAGAUCGAGAGAAUCAAUCCAUACUCAUCACAGGCGAAUCCGGCGCGGGCAAGACGGUCAACACCAAACGAGUAAUCCAGUACUUUGCAACAAUUGCAUCAGUGGGAGACUCCAGCAAAAAGCAGCAACUUCCUGAAAAAGUGCAGGGAACGCUAGAGGAUCAAAUCAUCCAAGCCAAUCCUCUGCUGGAAGCUUUUGGGAAUGCCAAGACUGUGAGGAAUGACAACUCUUCCCGAUUUGGGAAAUUUAUCCGCAUCCACUUUGGUACGAAGGGCAAGUUGGCAUCAGCUGAUAUCGAAACAUAUCUCUUGGAGAAAUCCCGGGUGACCUUCCAGCUGCCAUCAGAGAGGAGCUACCACAUUUUCUACCAGAUCAUCUCCAACAAGAAGCCUGAUCUCAUUAAGAUGCUGCUGAUCACGUCCAAUCCUUUCGACUAUCCCUUCAUUAGCCAAGGCGAGAUCAACGUGCUGAGCAUCAACGACGCAGAUGAGCUAAUGGCCACGGAUAGUGCCAUUGACAUCCUGGGCUUCAACGCAGAGGAGAAGCUAGGCAUUUACAAGCUGACUGGAGCUGUGAUGCAUUACGGGAACAUGAAGUUCAAGCAGAAGCAGCGCGAGGAACAAGCUGAACCUGACGGCACUGAGGUGGCUGACAAAGUUGCCUACCUCAUGGGGUUGAACUCUGCUGACCUGCUCAAGGCUCUUUGCAAUCCCAGAGUGAAGGUCGGCAAUGAGUAUGUCACCAAAGGCCAGACGCCUCAACAGGUGAACAACGCAAUGGGCGCCCUGUCCAAAGCUGUGUAUGAGAAGCUCUUCCUGUGGAUAGUCACCAGGGUCAACCAGCAGCUUGAUACCAAACUCCCUAGGCAAAGUUUUAUUGGCGUGUUGGAUAUUGCAGGAUUUGAAGUUUUUGAGAUGAACAGCCUGGAGCAGCUGUGCAUCAACUUCACCAACGAGAAGCUUCAGCAGUUCUUCAACCACCACAUGUUUGUACUGGAGCAAGAAGAGUACACCAAGGAAGGCAUCGAAUGGGACUUCAUUGACUUUGGCCUGGAUCUGGCAGCCUGCAUCGAACUCAUUGAGAAGCCCAUGGGCAUUUUCUCCAUUUUGGAGGAGGAGUGCAUGUUUCCAAAGGCCACGGACAUGUCCUUCAAGAACAAACUUUACGACCAACACCAGAGCAAGAACAGCAUCUUCCAGAAGCCCAAACCUUCCAAAGGAAAGUCCGAGGCCCAUUUCUCACUGAUCCAUUACGCCGGCACGGUGGACUACAACCUCAGUGGUUGGCUGGAGAAGAACAAGGACCCACUGAACGACACUGUGGUGCAAUUGUAUCAAAAAGCAUCCAUUAAGCUACUCUCUCAGCUCUUUGCAACAUACUCCUCAGCGGACGCUGAUGGAUGCAAGAAAAGCUCCAAGAAAAAAGCUUCAUCUUUCCAGACAGUCUCUGCACUUUUCAGGGAGAAUCUCAACAAGCUGAUGGCCAACCUCAGGUCCACACAUCCACACUUUGUCAGGUGCAUCAUCCCCAAUGAGACAAAGACUCCUGGGGCGAUGGACCAUCAUCUGGUUCUGCAUCAGCUUCGCUGUAACGGUGUACUAGAAGGAAUAAGGAUCUGUCGGAAGGGAUUUCCCAGUAGGAUUCUUUAUGGAGACUUCAGACAGAGGUACAGGAUUCUUAAUGCCAGCGCCAUCCCUGAGGGACAGUUCAUGGACAGUAAGAAGGCGUCCGAGAAACUGCUGUCUUCCAUUGACGUGGAUCACGCCCAGUACAGAUUUGGACACACAAAAGUCUUCUUCAAAGUGGGCCUUCUAGGUCUUCUUGAAGAGAUGAGGGAUGAGCGCCUGGCGGUCUUGAUGACCCGCCUCCAGGCUGUGGCCAGAGGUUACGUCACCAGGCUGAUGCUCAAGGAGAUGGCAAAGAAAAGAGACUCCAUUUUCAUCGUCCAGUACAAUAUCCGCUCAUUCAUGAACGUGAAGAACUGGCCUUGGAUGAGGCUCUUUUUCAAGAUCAAACCUCUGCUGCGGUGCGCCGAGGCCGAGAAGGAGAUGCAGAGUGCAAGAGAGGAAGUUUCACGCCUCAAGGAGGACUUGGCUAGGUCUGAGGCUCGUAGGAAAGAGCUGGAGGAGAAAACUGUGGGGCUCGUCCAGGAAAAAAAUGACCUUCACCUUCAAAUCCAAGCAGAACGGGAGAACCUGUGUGAUGCUGAGGAGAGGUGUGAAGGUCUGAUCAAAAGCAAGAUUCAUCUGGAAGCUAAAGUCAAAGAAUUCUCAGAGAGGUUGGAAGAGGAAGAGGAGGUCAAUGCAGACAUUACAGCAAGGAGCCGAAAACUGGAGGAUGAAACUUCUCUGCUCAAACGGGACAUUGAUGAUCUGGAACUGAUCAUUGCCAAAGUCGAGAGGGAGAAACAUGCAAUUGAAAAUAAGAUCAAAAACUUGAUGGAGGAGGUAACCAUGUUGGAAGAGAACCUGAUGAAGUCCUCCAAGGAGUAUAAAGCCCUGCAGGAGGUUCACGAGCAGAUACGUCAAGACCUCCAGGCUGAGGAGGAUAAAGUCAACAUUCUGAUGAAGACAAAGAUUAGGUUGGAGCAACAGGUUGACAAUCUGGAGGGCUCACUGGAGCAGGAGAAGAAAGUGAGAGCUGACAUAGAGAGAUCCAGGAGAAAGCUGGAGAGCGACCUGAAGCUGAGUCAGGAGAAUGUCAUGGACUUGGAGAAUGAGAGGCAGCAGAUGGAGGACAGACUCAAUAAAAAGGAUUUGGUAAUCACAAACCUGCAGAACAAAGUGGAGGAUGAGCAAGCCCUCGCCACUCAGCUGCAAAAGCAGAUAAAAGAGCUCCAGGCUCGCAUCGAGGAGCUGGAGGAAGAAACAGAAUCAGAACGCUCCACCAGGGCUAAAAUGGAGAAGCAGAGUUCGGAUCUCUGCAGGGAACUGGAGGAGAUCAGCGAGAGGCUGGAAGAGGCCGGAGGAGCCACCACCGCUCAGGUGGAGAUUAACAAGAAGCGUGAAACUGAGUUCCAGAGGCUUCGGCGUGACCUGGAAGAGGCCACCCUACAGCAUGAAGCUGUCACUGCGUCUCUGCGUAAGAAACAGGCGGAUACAGUCGCACAACUCGGGGAACAGAUCGACAAUCUGCAGAGAAUCAAACAUAAGCUGGAGAAGGACAAAAGUGAACUGAAGAUGGAGAUUGAGGACAUGGCAAGCCACAUGGAGAGUGUUGUGAAAAGCAAGUCCAACAUGGAGAAAACCUGCCGCAACCUUGAAGAACAAAGUCUUGAGUACAAGACCAAGGUGGAUGAAACCCAGAGAGCACUCAGUGACUAUGCCAUCACCAAUGCACGAUUGCUGACAGAGAACGGUGAACUUUCUCGGCUAUUGGAAGAGAAGGAAACUGCGCUUAAUUUGAUGAACAGAAGCAAAGCAGCCAGCAGUCAACAGAUUCAAGAGCUCAAGAGACUUUUGGAUGAAGAAAUUAAGGAAAAAAAUGCCCUGGCACACAGUUGUCAGUCUUCCCGCCACGACUGCGAGCUUCUGAGGGAACAAUAUGAGGAGGAACAAAAUGCGAAAACCGAACUGCAGCGCUACCUCUCCAAGGCCAACAGUGACGUGGCCCAUUGGAGAAGCAAAUACGAGACAGACGCCAUACAGCGCACCGAAGAACUGGAGGAAGCCAAGAAGAGACUGGUCCAGCGGCUGCAGGAAUCUGAGGAGUCGACAGAGAUGGCAAAUGCGAAAAGUGCAUCCCUGGAGAAGACCAAGCAGAGGCUGCAGAUUGAGGUGGAGGACCUGGUUGUGGAGCUGGAAAGGGCAAAUGCAGCCAACGCUACCUUGGAUCAGAAACAGAGAAGCUUUGACAAGGUCCUGUCUGACUGGAAGCAGAAGUGUGAAGAGAGUCAGUCAGAUCUGGAAGUGUCUCAGAGAGAAUCCAGAGCACUGAGCACCGAACUUUUCAAACUAAAGUAUUCGUACGAAGAGGCUUUAGAGCACCUGGAGAGCAUGAAGCGAGAUAAUAAAAACCUUCAACAGGAGAUCUCAGACAUCAGCGAGAACAUUGCACAGUCGACAAAAAUAAUGCACCAGCUGGAGAAAGUUGCAAAGCAAGCUGAGCACAAGAAGAAGGACACUCAGACAGCACUGGAAGAGGUUGAGUCCUCUCUGGAACACGAGGAGACCAAAAUGCUUCACCUUCAAAUGGAGCUGAACCAGAUCAAGUCAGAGGUUGACAGAAAAAUGGUAGAGAAAGAUGAAGAGAUGGACCAGAUGAAGAUGAACCACCAGAGAACCGUGGACACCCUGCAGAGUGCCCUGGAAGCCGAGACACGCAGCCGCAAUGACGCCUUGCGGCUGAAGAAGAAGAUGGAAGGGGACAUAAACGAGAUGGAGAUUCAGCUCAGCCACGCGAACCGACACGCUUCUGAGGCCACAAAGCAAAUGAGGAACUUGCAAACCAAGUUGAAGGACACGCAAGUCCACCUGGAUGAUGUUCUCCACAGUCAGGAGGACAUCAAGGACCGACUGGCCAUCGCAGAACGCCGUAACGGCCUGAUAACAGCCGAGAUGGAGGAGGCGAUGGCGGCUUUGGAGCAGGCGGAGAGAAGUCGUAAACUGGCUGAGCAGGAAUUGAGGGAGAUUAGCGAGAGGACUCAGUUGCUACAGUCACAGAAUGCAGUUCUCCUGAACUCAAAAAGGAAGAUGGAGAGCGAGUUGGCUCAGCUGCAAUCAGAGAUGGAGCACACAGUCCAGGAAGCAGAGAACACUGAUGAGAAGGCCAAGAAAGCCUUCGCAGAUGCUGCCAUGAUGGCUGAGGACCUGAAGAAGGAGCAGGACACCAUCGCGCACUUGGAGAGGAUGAAGAAGAACCUUGAGGUGACGGUCAAGGACCUGCAGCAGCGUCUCGAUGAGGCUGAAAGUCUUGCCAUGAAAGGCGGGAAGAAAGCACUCCAAAAGAUGGAGAACCGGGUCCACGAGUUGGAAAAGGAAUUGGAGGCUGAGCAGAAACGUGGCGGCGAGGCCCUGAAAGGAGUCCGCAAAUAUGAGCGCAAGAUUAAAGAGCUGACAUUUCGGGUCAGAAGGUCACCUAUGGUGUCGAGUGGUAGGUCCAAAAAACUUAAUAAUUGUCAUAAUUGUCCUCAUCUGUUCCAGACAGAAGAGGAGAAGAAGAACGUGGACAGACUGCAGGAUCUGGUUGACAAGCUGCAGCUGAAAGCCAAAGCAUACAAACGGCAGAGUGAGGAGGCGGAGGAACAAACCAGCGUCCAGCAGGCCAAGUUCCGAAAGGUGCAGCGCGAGCUGGAGGUGGCUGAGGAACGAGCAGACGUCGCAGAGUCGCAGUUGAAUAAACUACGAGCAAAGAGCCGCGACAUUGUCGGGAAAGUGGAGGUAAAAGAUGCCUGAUGUGCUAACUUUACCCAAAAACAGGCCGAAACCGGCGUGUAAUGCCGUGGUAAUUGACUUACUUGAGUUUUUGAAGUCACGAGACGCAUAUUGGUUGACUUUCUUUGCUUUGUUUUGGAAGCUAAAUUUUGAUUUACAAGUGAGCAUCAGGUGAGCUGCUGCAUGAGGGAGAUGGCAAGAAAUGAAACAGUGAAGGUCCUGUAAUGCCACGCAUGUGGACAAGAUGCAACAAACCCCAAUGCAGCUCUGCUUACCUUUUGACAUGCUCUUGUUACACACUAUAAAAUGGCUAUGUGCAAGCGCUUAUCAUGUAAAUGAGUAGAUUUCAUAAACGUUAGCAAAAUUAAGACAGGCUCACUCACAGAUACAUUUCCAAAAAUGGUCUGAUUACUAAAGAUUUACUUGCUUGCUUAAUUUUCACACUUUCACAAGUCCGGACACAACUGCUGCACCUUUAGAUAUUAUGUCCCCUGCAAGGCAUUCAGAUUGAAACUGUAUUCAUCUCCUCAGUACACCGGCCAUGUCAGAAAUGUUAUGUCGCGAAAUUGUCAGCAGAUUAAAAUGUUCAUUUUUGAUGUGGGCGUAGUUUGCAGUGGUUGAUGUAUUUGUUUCUGCAAUGGUACAAACAACAAAAGCAAAAGUGUUAAUCAUUCUUGUGCUCUCUACAUUGAAUAGACUCCACAAAGAUGGAGAUAUUUUGCUGCCGUUUAUCUCCAAUAAAGACUUUUACGGUGUACC